AUGUGCGUGCAGGGGGGGGGCCCGGCGCUCUCUUGCCUCAAAAGAUUGGCCGAAUUGGGGCGUGGCCCGUCUUGCGGUGACGAGCUCCGGCCUCCAGGACAUACAUGCCAUGUCCAACUGGGCGGACUAUCUUGCCUAGGCCGAUCAGCCGACCAUUUCUUGGGUGUUAUGGGCUGUGCCGGAAGGGGUCGAUUGAAGUGGGUCCGGUGGCCGGUUCUCAUUGGUCCUUCCUGUCGCGGUGUCUGGCUGCUCGGCUUGUCGGGUCCGCCUCUACGAUUGGUCAGUUCUGCCGGCUUCUCUUCGCCACUGCCGAUCCUCCCGGACCCACGGCUCGCCAGCAUGCAGCCGGCCAUCUUGAGGCACCUCCUUCUCCGCGUCGUCGUUGUCGUCGUCGUCGUCGUCACGUCUCUGGUCUCGGCGACCCGGUCGGCCGAGAAUGAAACGGCGCCUCCAUCCGUCUGUUUCAACGACAUACAACCGCACAGUCUCAUGUUCCACCUCGACUCGGGCCAAGAGUUUAGUCUUUACGAGACGCUCUGUCCCGGCCUCACGUACAGCCUGGCUGUGGUGGUGCGCAACCCGCCGUCCCAGGACCACGCCAAUGCCGGUCGGAGGCUCGACGAUAUCGAGCUGGUCGUCAUGGCGCCCGGAGAAGAGGCGGUGUACUCGUCGGUGCGACAGAAAUGGGCGACUGGCGGCUGGCUGCGGUACAAUGUGAUGGCGCACAAGGCGGGCGAAUACGGUUUCCACUUGGCCCGGAAACCGGGUCACGUGAGGCGGCGGCUCGUGCGUCUUCUGCUCUACUCUCCCCUCGGGCUGGGGCUGGAGCUCGGGCUCGGGAACCUGUCGAAUUGGUCGGGGCGAGUGGAGGCGACGACAGCCGCGGUGCAGAGCGGGGCGCCGGCGGUGGAUCGGGUUGGCGAGUCGGUGGCCCGGCUCUUCUUCCACCUGAUGGAGAUGCAGCUGCACUCGUCGCACCUUCGCUGGAGCAGCAGCGAGGACCAAAUGCACCUGAACUGGGAGCACAUUAACGUCGACAAGGCCAGUCUCGUCUGUAUCACACUCAUCCUCCUCAUCUCCGCCGUCCAGGUCUGCCUCGUCAAGGGUCUCUUCCGACUGCCCUGA